AUGAAGAGCAUGCAGGACCCUCAGAAACUGUUAAAAGAGCACCAGGUUGGAAGUUUGGAUGUCGAUUGGUUGAUUGGAGCAAGAAAUUUGGAUACCAACCAACCUGCAGUUGUGGAGGGGUCGCUGAGCAGGCCGCUACGAUCCCGGUCGGGCUCGAUAGAGAGCGGAGAUCCUCUCAGCGACAUCCCGAUCGCAAAAAUUGUUAAAGGUGAUCAAGUAGACAACAGGAAGACGCAUCGGAACUCAUCAGCAGUUACUGAACUUUCAGCGGCCAGUGGCAUUAAUGCCGCCACAGGCUCUUCUGAAUUGAGAAGAACAAAGUCGCUGUCUUCAGCGACUGGGAGCAAUUAUGCAAGUGGGCCGCGUCCGAGAGGUGCGUCAAUCUCUGAAUCAGAGUUCAGGCAGCAGUCACACAAUGGCGAAAGGAGAAUGGGGUUCUUCAAGAGCUUAUUUAGCAGAAAGAACAAAUCGAAGAACGAAUCGUUACCAGUUACUGGAAAUAAUAACACAAAGCUGUCGAACAGGCCUUUUAGCAGAAGAUCCAGUACAGUUGAAGUAGUUGACUCUCGGCUACCUUUCCUAAAAGAGGAUGAGGACGGUGAUCAAGGCGCUCCUCUUGCAAGGUCAAAGACAGCAUCUACAGUUUUGGAUGAACAUAGCAGUCAUUAUCAUCGUCAUGAUUCCCAGUCUGGCUGUGCGUGCAGAGAUGAUGUGACCAGUGCUAAGAUGAAUGCCGAAGGCAAUGAUGGCAGAGAUCCGCGUCUCAUGGAAUUUCUGGAAUAUUAUAAGUCAAAGGGUUACUCAGUGGCCGCAUUCAACGAAAGGAGCUCGAUAUCAAGAAAUAAUCAGAACGGAUUUUUGAGUCGAUCUAAGACUGCUUCGUUCUCUAUAGACGAUAAUCUUGCUGAAAUUAAGGAGGAGAAACCCAAAGCUAAGAAAUACGAUGCUAAGGGAAGACCAAUCCCGCCGCAUCCUAAAAGAUCAAAGUUACCGCCAGCUCUCAAGACCACUCGAGAGAAGCCCCGAUCUAAUUCUGGCUCAGAUUCAGAUUCAGAUUCUGCAUCCUCUUCCACUACAACCCCUUCAUCAUCUCAUAAAUUUGGUGCUUUUCUGAAGAAAGUCACUUCCUAUGGUGGAACUAACGUGAGUAGUGCUGACACGACCAGGGAAGAAUUGUCUUCCGAACGUAGAGAAAGUACGGCAGAGAAAAAAACAGGGUUUUUUGAUCCCGGCCGUGCUGAAGUUGUUCCAGGUUUGGAGUGCAUGAAGGCUUUGAAGCAUGUUUCCUUUGCUACUAGCACCUACUUCAAUGACCCCCCUCAGCAAAUUUGCAGUAAGCACCCUCGCCAAGGUGAAGUGGAGGUGAAACCCGAUGGUUCUGUUGUGAUCCAUAGGCUGACACCUGAGGAAAGGAGAAAGGUUAUGGAAAACGCAAGCUCCGGUGUCGUGGUUGGCGGGACUGGACAAUUGAGACUUUUAGUUGAGCAAGAUGAUGAUGUAAGACAAAGCAAUGAUGUAAGGAAACAAGAACAGAUGGCACCCAGAGCCAGUUCUCCGAGUAGCUCGGAACCUGACCGAGAGAUGCAGGGAAGAAAAGACGAACCGCUCGCAACUGAGACAGUGGCGAGUUCACAGGUCGGUGAGCUUAGACGAACGUCAACAAACAAUGAAGAGGAAGUCAAAGUGAGUAACAUCGCUAGUCGGGUCAAGAUUGAUAAGCCAAUGGUGAGUAGGCGUGCGACGGGCACAAAUUCCCAAACAUCUCUUUCCUCCAUGAUUUCUCAAGAAUCUGUCGUAAGCGAAGAGACACUUCCACCAAGGGACGCAAAACUUCCACAUGAUGUCGUUUAUACUCGUUGCUGUCAUCUGAGAGAAAUUUUGCCAAUUCCUGCUACCAUGAAGCAAUUGAAGAAAGGCUCGACUGAUCCCAUCCCACUUUUGCAGUUGCGAAAUCCAAGGCCUUCAAUGGUUGAGAUUUGGUCCUUCAGUGACUUUCUUAGUAUUGCCCCUGUUUUGUGCCUUUCGUUAGAUGGUGUCACUUUAAGCGUCGAUAUGUUCAGAGUAAUUUUAAGUGCUCUGGUGAACAAAAAGGGAUUCGAAAAGCUAUCUCUUAGAAAUACUUCUUUGGACCACGAGGGAUGGAAAAUUUUAUGUUACUACGUUUCGAAAGCUACAUCAUUGACCGCUCUGGACUUGACUAUGGUGCCUAUUAUAAAGACCAAUGUCCAAAAACCUUCCAAAUCGUCCUUAAAGAAUAACAUUAUUAGGAUGGAAUGCGAUCUUCAAAGUCGAAAAGAAAUGAAUUGGAACCUUCUUGCUGCGUCCAUUGCUAAGAGAGGCGGGCUUGAAGAGAUCAUCAUAUCUGGAGCUCAAAUGCCACAGGAUCAGUUUGAGAAUUUCAUAGAAGUUGCAUGUAUUGCCACGCAGAGGCUGGGACUUGCAUACAAUUGCUUGACUAAGGAGCAGUGUGAUAUGUUGGCUAAAUGGAUUCUCCAGUCGAAUGUCACUGGCUUAGAUGUCGGGUUCAAUGAUUUGAAAGGAAAAUUAUCCGCUUUCAGUAACGCUGUUCUGGAUAAAAUACGCAACAAAGGUGAGAAGAACGUAUUGAAGUACAUUUCUUUGAACUGCACUGGGUUGGAAGUGGGAUCCGGUAACACCAGUGACAAUAAUGAGGUGUUAAGGCUGUUAAGUGUUCUAUGCUAUUGUGAGAACCUCAAGUUUUUAGACCUAUCCAACAAUCCUAAAAUGUUUCCGAAUUGCUUGAGUACAUUGGUAAAAUGUUUACCCGUUUUCGUCAACCUCGUUCGUUUGCAUCUCGAUUACGAAGGAUUGGAAUCUACCGCGGUAGUCAUGUUGGCGGAAAUGUUUCCGCUUUGCACAAGGCUGAACUAUCUCUCCAUGUUAGGGACCAAAUUCGAUUUAGCCUCUUGCAAGGCAUUAGCGGAAGCAGUUCGCAAAAGUUCAUCAUUGAUCACCCUGGACAUCGAUUAUGCUUGCAUGCCUCCCAGUAUCAAAGAGAAGCUUUCGCUUUACACAAUGAGAAAUGUGGAGAGUGAACUGAAUAAAGUGAAAACAAACAACGGUAAGCCUAGCAAUCCUAAAUGCCUUGACGUUGGAGACAACCUAUCCAACUUGCAAGAGGAAUUGUCUAUUCUAUUGACCGACAGUUUCAAGGAUGGAAAAUCCUACGACAAGUUAGUCGAGGGCUAUAUCGAAAAAGUGACUGCUGCAAGAAAAAAGAUCAAGAAGGUGGUGAAAGACCUUUUUGAUAUCAGAGUUAAAGGUCAGUUGAGUACAGAGGGCAAAGAAACAUUAAUCAGACUAUGCUUCAUAGACGCAAGUUUCGAGAAAGGUAUCAAAUUAUUGCAGGAAAGGCAUUUGGCAUCUGGCGUCCGAAAGGAUGAUAAAGAAUUUGCUAACAAGAGCGCGCACAUACUUCCAGAUAUGUGUGAAGCAGAUCAGUUCAUUAAGAGCAGAUAUUUAGAGCCUUCAGAUGCCUCGUUGGUACCAACGUCGACAGUACUUUACUCGUCAGCAUUCAAUCAAAGUGGUCAUUCUGCCCUGCUUCCCUUUGGUAGACCUGACGUCGAGGACUUUAACCCGCGUGCUGAUGACACGGUGGAACUUCGUGAUGAGGACGAGGGUUCUUCACGUAAAGUAUCAUAUCAAACACAAGAAGAAGGGAAAGUGUUUAGAAAGUCCGACUUGAUGAUGAAAAACGUGGAGAGAUUUGCAAGCGAGGACGGGCUCCCAAUUGACAAAGACCUGUUGGGCCGCGCAGCAGAAUCUCUUGACAGUGACCAAAUCAAGGACCUUCUUCUCAAGACAAAUGUCUCCACAGUUGUGGACGUUAUCGAUGAGCUGCAUAACCAGGGCUAUCAUCUUCAUGACAUUUUCAAGAAACAUGACGGGGCUCACGACGGGGCUCACGAAAAGCUCGUGGCAUUAUCACCGCAACCUUCUCCUGCGGAUGGGACUGGCGCUACCGACAGGCAGUCCUCGGGCGCGCAUCAAGACCUGAUAGAAUCGCCAGAACCUGAGACUCAUAAGGACGAAAAAGAAGCGAUCGACGCCGCAUAUGAUCAGGUCCUAGACAGCAUACAGAAAGAAAGAAAAAGCGAGUGA